AUGGAUUUCCACUUUGCUUUCUUGCUGCUGCAGGUGAACCUGAUCAACCAAGGAGCUCUUGAUGCUCCCUUCAGCUGCAUCCCUUCAGCCACAAAGGUGGGCUUGGGCUUCAAGUUGGCACCUCAGGAGGGCAUCAUUGCAGCAGGUGGGAGCCAGACUCUCCAGAUCUCCUUCAGUGCCACCGUGUUGGGGAGGUUUGAGGAAGAAUUCCGGUUCAGUGUGGCUGGAUCUCCUACGCCUGCCAUCCUGACCAUCAGGGGCAGCGUCACUGGACCGAGUUUGCACUUCGACCUCCCUGAGCUCGACUUCGGGGACAUCUCCUUUGGCUUUCCCUACACCCAGCGCUGCCGGCUCACUAACAGCUCCCCGGUGCCCGUGACGUUCCAGCUCCGCAUGUCGUUUGAUGGCACGCAGCCGGCUGUGGACAGCGUGGAUCAGAUCCGCUGCCACAGUGACCCAGCCUGGAGGAAGGGCGUUCACUUGUAUGUGGAGCCCCGGGAGUUUACCAUCACUCCCAGCCAAGGGACCAUCCUGCCCCAGGGACACCAGGACAUCCAGGUGACCCUGUGUUCCAACUCGGUGAUGGAGUUCUACAGGAAAAUGCUGGUGGAUCUGGAGGGUUUUGGCAAGGGAGUGGCAUCAUUGGUCAUCACAGCCAGAUGUCUUGUUCCUAAGCUGCAAGUGUUCCCCCAUGUGCUGCAGUAUGAUGAGUGCCUCCUGAAGGUGCCCUACGAGAAGAAGUUCCUGAUUAGGAAUCCCAGCCACCUGCCUGGCUGCUACGGGCUUAUUGAACAGAAACGCAAGGAGGACUCUGCUGUGCUCUACUCCAGCCCCAAGCCCUGUGGGAUUGUCCAGCCUCACAGCACUGCAGAGAUCCCAGUGCUGGUGGAAGUGCAGGCGCUGGGCACGCAUCGCACCAAUGUUCUCAUCGGCGUGUUCGGGGAUGAGAGAAACCCACUGCCCAGCAUUUCAGCUGGAGAGUGGUUGCUGUCCCUAAAGAAAUACCUUGAGCAGGGAUGA